UGUGUGUGUUUUUUCCCAAUCUGCAUAAGAAAUAUCGAAACACUUCCACACAAAAUCCACGCGCUCACUCACUCGCAUAACACUUGUUCACCUUCCUUCAAUUUUCAAAAACGACGAUCUCUUCGAUGCUUUCUCUUCCUUCCUCCUUCAUUCUCUUCUGAUUCUGCCCCCUAUUUGUCUUGGAUCUCUGAUUUUUCCAUCGUGUUUUGAGAGGAUUGAGAUCUGUUUGGAGUGGAUCCAUUCAAUCAAUUUGAAGAUAUCAACCUCAGCUAUCGGGAACAAGGAAUGGCUUCAAUGUCUCAUUCAUCACUAGCAUUAGGCGGAGCUUCUUCUGCUUGUGCUUCGGAUUACUUGCGUAGUUCGACCAAUGGUGUUAAUGGGGUGCCAUUGAAAACUCUAGGAAGAGCGGUGUUUACUACCACCAGAAGAAAGGGCUUGGCGGUGACAGCUCGGCUCAAGAAAGGUAAGAAAUUUGAGCAUCCAUGGCCUGCAAAUCCUGACCCCAAUGUGAAAGGAGGAGUCUUGUCGUACCUUUCUGAGUUCAAGCCUUUGGGGGAUAGUCAGAAGCCUGUCACUUUGGAUUUCGAGAAGCCACUAGUCGAAUUGGAGAAGAAGAUUGUCGAUGUGAGGAAGAUGGCGAAUGAAACUGGAUUGGACUUCACUGAGCAGAUUAUCACUUUGGAGAACAAGUAUAGACAGGCACUGAAAGACCUUUACACUCAUCUCACUCCGAUACAACGUGUGAACAUUGCGCGCCAUCCGAACCGGCCUACUUUCCUUGAUCAUAUACAUAACAUCACUGACAAGUUUAUGGAGCUUCAUGGAGACCGAGCGGGGUAUGAUGACCCUGCAAUUGUGACGGGUAUUGGAACCAUAGAUGGAAAACGAUAUAUGUUCAUAGGUCACCAGAAAGGUAGAAACACCAAAGAAAAUAUAAUGCGUAACUUUGGUAUGCCUACUCCUCACGGAUAUAGGAAAGCACUUCGGAUGAUGUAUUAUGCAGACCAUCACGGUUUUCCGAUCGUGACAUUUAUCGACACUCCUGGAGCCUAUGCAGACCUCAAAUCCGAGGAACUUGGACAGGGUGAAGCGAUUGCCAACAAUCUGAGGACAAUGUUUGGCCUGAAAGUGCCGAUUCUUUCUAUUGUCAUCGGGGAAGGUGGUUCUGGUGGUGCCCUAGCCAUUGGCUGUGCGAAUAAAAUGUUGAUGCUCGAAAAUGCAGUUUUCUAUGUUGCCAGUCCAGAGGCCUGUGCAGCGAUCUUGUGGAAGACUUCCAAGGCUGCUCCUGAGGCUGCUGAGAAGCUUAGAAUUACCUCCAAGGAACUGGUCAAGCUUAAUGUAGCCGAUGGAAUCAUUCCUGAACCGCUUGGUGGUGCCCAUGCUGAUCCGUCAUGGACGUCGCAGCAGAUAAAGAUUGCUAUCAACGAAAACAUGAAUGAAUUUGGAAAAAUGAGUGGGGAUGAGCUGCUGAAGCACAGGAUGGCUAAAUACCGAAAGAUUGGAGUGUUCAUAGAGGGUGAACCAAUAGAGCCAAGUAGGAAAAUCAACAUGAAGAAGAGGGAAGCCGUGUUUUCAGAUAGCCGGAAGCUGCAGGGCGAGGUAGACAAGCUGAAGGAGCAGAUUCUGAAAGCCAAGGAGACAUCUUCCGAGGAAGAGCCUUCGAGUGAAAUUCUUAAUGAAAUGAUUGAGAAACUCAAAUCCGAGAUAGAUGACGAGUACACUGAAGCUGCAAGAGCAGUAGGUUUGGAGGAGAGACUAACGGCAAUGCGCGAAGAGUUCUCGAAAGCGAGUUCAGAGGAGCAUCUUAUGCACCCGGUUCUAAUCGAGAAAAUUGAGAAGCUUAAGGAAGAGUUCAAUACCCGUUUGACCGACGCGCCUAACUACGAGAGCCUAAAAUCUAAGCUGAACAUGCUGAGGGACUUUUCCAGAGCCAAGGCAGCAUCAGAAGCUACUUCACUGAAAAAGGAGAUCAAUAAGCGGUUCCAGGAAGCUGUAGACCGCCCUGAAAUCAGAGAAAAGGUUGAGGCGAUCAAAGCUGAGGUUGCGAGCUCAGGAGCUUCAUCUUUUGAAGAGUUACCAGAUGAACUAAAAGAAAAAGUUUUGAAGACGAAAGCGGAGGUUGAAGCAGAGAUGGCAGGUGUGUUUAAGUCAAUGGGUCUGGAGCUGGAAGCUAUGAAACCGAAUCUGAGGGAUGUGGCUGAGCAGACCUAUGCUCCAUCCGAAAAUCUUCAAGAAAAAUUUGAAAAGCUGAACCAAGAAAUCACGGAGAAGAUUGCGGAGGUGGUGAGGACACCAGAGAUCAAGAGUAUGAUCGAGUUGCUGAAAGUAGAAACCGCAAAGGUGAGCCAAACCCCUGGUGUUACCGAGGCAAGUCAGAAGAUCGAGGCACUUGAGCAACAGAUAAAGCAGAAGAUCGCAGAGACUCUGAGUAUGUCGGGAUUGCAGCAAAAGCAAGAGGAGCUCGAGAAGGAGCUUGCAGCUGCACGUGAACUAGCGGCAGAGGAAUCAGACGGUAGUGUGAAGGAAGAUGACGACGACGACGACGAAGAUAGUUCAGAAUCCGGAAAAUCGGAGAUGGUUAACCCCAGCUUCGCCUAAAGCACGAAAAAAGACAUUUUGUUUGAUCUUGAAGCUCUUUCAAAUUUCCCUGGUAAAGAGGCUAUAUCCUCCACGAUCUGAAGCAAAGAGAAAACAGAUAUAAACUCUAGUGGAGGAAC